GCAUAAAGCUGACGUUGUUUCGAAAUGGGACACACAAAAAACAAGUAUUAGAUGUAUUAAUAAGUUUUGUCUCGUAAGGCACAUUUCCGUCUUUGUCUACACGGAAGACAUGAGUGGCGCACCGCUCGGACUGCGGCCGAGAGAAUGCGGAACUGAGUAGCAUAGACGUGUGGGAGUGUAACCGCUUGUUAUGGGUGACAUGUUUCCAGCUUGAAAGCUAAGCAGCAGGCUGGUCUGAGAGAAAGGAUGCCACACAGGAGGAGAGCUAGUGAUUCUACCACACAGACGGCUGCUGUAACCCAUGACCCAACUGAUCGCUGGAUGUUUUGGAGGAGACAGAAAACAUCCAUUUUAUCCUCUACUUGGUCAAAUCAUUUUAUGACAGAGCGACGACAUUACUAACAAAUUUGCCAUUUUAAAGAACUUUCAAAAGCUGAAAAACUAUAUUUGCUGUACAAAAUGAACAUUAUAUCUGCCUUUAUUGUAUUUGAAAACCUCCACGAAGUUAGGAGGCUCUGUCACUGGGGUCCGAUCAUUGCACUUACUGUCAUUGCUGUGUGUUCGUCCAUGGCCAUACUGGAUUCUAUUAUCUGGUAUUGGCCCUUGGACACUACAAGCGGCAGCAUUAACUUCAUUAUCCUCAUCAACUGGACUGUCCUCAUUCUCUACAACUAUUUCAAUGCCAUGUUUGUGGGUCCUGGAUAUAUUCCUUUAGAGUGGAAACCGGAAAAUCAGCGAGACACUAUGUACUUACAGUUCUGUAGAGUGUGUGAAGGUUAUAAAGCUCCGAGAUCUCACCACUGCAGAAAGUGUAACAGGUGUGUGAUGAAGAUGGAUCACCACUGUCCCUGGAUCAACAACUGCUGUGGACAUCAGAAUCAUGCCUACUUCACCACUUUCCUCCUCCUCGCCCCACUGGGUUGUAUCCACGCUGCUCUUAUCUUUAUCAUGACAAUGUACUCUCAGUUAAAUGACCGGAUCUCUUUUGGUUGGAGCUCGGUGAAGAUAGACAUGAGUGCCCCACGGCGUGUCCAACAUCCCAUAAUGCUUUUCAGCAUAUCGGCUUUUGCAGCCAAUCUUUUUGCUCUUGGACUGGCAUUAGGCACUACCAUUGCAGUUGGCAUGCUGUUUUUUAUUCAGAUGAAGGUGAUUCUGCGAAACAAAACCUCGAUUGAAGUAUGGAUCGAGGAGAAGGCCAAAGACAGAAUCCAGUACUACCAAACAGAGGAGGAGUUCAUCUUCCCGUAUGACCUAGGAAGUCGCUGGAAGAACUUUAAGCAGGUGUUCACAUGGUCUGGUACACCAGAGGGAGAUGGUGUUGAAUGGCCCGUAAAUGACAAAUGCCACCAGCACACACUAACCAUCGAGCAACUGAAGCAGAAAGCUGACAAGCGUGUGAGAAGCGUGCAGUACAGAGUUGUGGAAGACUACAACGGAGCUUGGUGUCCACUAGGGAAGGGAAUAAACACGUUCUUCAGGUCGCCUUGCUCUGAAGAACCAAGGAUCAAACUUGCUAAAGGUGAAACCAUCUUCGCCACAAGAGGAACCAAGUGGUGGAUGUAUGGGGACAAAGUUUUGGAUGAGGAAAAGACCAAAGUUGGUCUCCGUGUUAGAGGAUGGUUUCCACGUCGCUGUGUGGAAAAGUGCCACUAUGACUCAGCGAAUAACACACCAGCAUGUGAAGAAAAGAAAGACAAGUAAGACAAGUGGGUUGUGCUUUUCUGUUAGACCUGUACACUCUAAGCAAAGAAAUAAUAAUUCCUCAAGGGAUGUGUGGAUGGUUAAUAUGAUCGUUUUACCAAAUAGAAUGGAAGACCACCUGUUUGUAGUGUUCUUUACAAAUCUUUAAUUCCCUUAAAAAUCGGCAAUCGAAGAUUCAUUUAUUUAGACUGUAAUGAGCAACCUUUAAAGAAUGGAGACGACUAUAUAUAUAUAUAUAUAUAUAUAUAUAUAUAUAUAUAAGAGAACUAGUAAAAAUGUACUGAUGAUAAAACAAAACAACUACAUGCACUGAAUUCUGCUGUACUUCUGUUCCUGACUGAUCCAGAGAUGUCUGAUUACUAAAUCAUUUUAACGAUUUCAACUGUCUACAUGUCCAAACCAGAAAAUUUUGCUUUGUCAUAUGAACAUGUGUCCCUUCGUAAUAUUUCCAAAGAGAAUCAAAUUUACAUGAAGCUCAGAGCAAAUUGUUCCUGAAGUGAUGAACUCUGGCUUGAAAGCAGUCAAUAUUAGGAACUGAGCAAAUGUUUACUUGAAUAUAUUGUUUCCUUUGUGUGUGUGUGUCUCUCUCUCUCUCUCUCUCUCUCUCUCUCUCUCUCUCUCUCUCUUUCUCUCUUUUUGAUGUUCAAGCCGUUUAUGCAAUGCCUUUUGCCAGCUGUAUCAAGGUUUUAGUCAUGCAAAUACUGUUUGUACAGAAAAAAAUGGUAAUUUUAUUUUUUAUUAUUUUUGUAAGAUCGAUGUGAACCUUACAGUAGAUAAGUAAACAUUUCUGCUCUUUAUGGUAUGAUCUAGUUUUUGUUUUUUUUGGGUUUUUUUUGAUACAUAUAAAACAAAAAUGGUAAUUAUUUACUCAGUAAUUCUCUUUUUCAGUGCUUUUUCAAAUGUACAUAGCAUUAAAUGAAAGGAUUCAACAUUCCAGUUUAAUCAUUGUCUAUUUCAACUGUAGUGAAACAAACAACAACUGAGACACAAGAAAAAAAAAAUUGUUAAAUAAAACACACUUGUGAUAAAAGUGUAUUAAAAGGGCAGUUGUUGGGGCAGUCAGUGAAUUUCUAUUUUCCAUUAUUUUAAUGACUCAUUAAUUUCUUUUUUGUUUGUGUCAAAAACUCCUGUAAAUGAAACUACAAAACCAUAAUCAACACCCUUUAGAAGAUGAGAAAUCUUUUUUUAAAAAUAAUUUGUGGUUUCUGUCAAUUGUCAACAACAAUAAAAAGUACAUAUUGCUGCAGUUUUAUAAAGUUGGUUUAAACUAUAUUUUUAUAGUAUCUUUCUAUAAUAAAUUAUUCAGAUAUUAUUGUAUAAUAAAUAUUCAGAUAUCCCAUAUAUGUCUUUAAAUAUGUCUUUAGACUUUUAGGCAGAUAUUUGUGUUUGCAUUAUAGAGUAUAAAUGUAUUUUUCAUGUUUAUUGACAAAAUUCAACAACUUUGACUCCCAUUACAACUGUGCUUUGGUCGGCUGUACUGAAAUUAUUGCCUAUGUCAAUCUCAAAUAUACUACAGUAGCACUGUGUAUAGAUGAAAUGAAAUGAAAAUGGGCUAUUCCAUCAAUAUGUACAUUUGUGCAGAAGAUAGGGCUUAAUUGACCAUAGUCAAGCUGACUUGACACUUCU